CUCUAUCAUACCGUCUACACUUCUCUUAGGUCCUCUUUCCUUCGAAUCUCUUAAUCUAAAUCUGCUCUUCGUGAAGUAACGCGUCCCAACUCAACGCGACUGGACGCGUCUGUUCCGCAUUUGUUCCGUUUCUAUUAAUAUCCAAUUCGUCCACUUCGUCUUCAAAAUGGCCGAGAGCUCUAAACGCCCCAACUUCCUGGUCAUUAUCGCGGAUGAUCUAGGCUACUCCGACGUCGUUGCCUUCGGCAGCGAAAUCAAGACGCCGAAUAUCGACAGCCUGGCGAAAGAUGGUCUACGCUUCACAGAUUUCCACGCCGCGAGCGCGUGUUCGCCUACGCGGUCGAUGCUAUUAAGUGGGACUGAUAAUCAUAUUGCCGGUGUCGGCGCAAUGAUAGAGUCAAUUCCAGAGCACAAGAAGGGCAAGCCGGGAUACGAGGGGUACUUGAAUGAUCGAGUGGCACCAUUACCGGAGUUGUUGAGGGAUGCGGGUUACCUGACGCUAAUGUCGGGGAAGUGGCAUUUGGGCCUUACGGAGGAUAGAUGGCCCGGGAAGAGGGGGUUUGAAAGGAGCUUUUCGUUGCUGCCGGGAGGUGCAAAUCAUUAUGGCUGGGAACCGCAAUUGGAAGAGCAGGAUAAGCUACCACUACUGCUCGAACGCACAAACGUUUUCUACGUCGAAGACUCCACGCUUAUCAAACCGUCAGAACUAGGGCCCAAUUUCUACUCCACCGACGCUUUCGCAGACAAACUCCUCCAAUACUUCUCCGAGCGCACAGAAGACGAUGCAGCAAAACCCUUCUUCGCAUAUCUUCCCUUUUCAGCUCCGCAUUGGCCUCUCCAAGCCCCAGAAGAAGAAAUACUCCCCUAUCGCGGUCGAUAUGACUCAGGACCAGAAGUCCUCCGCCAGGAACGCAUCGCCGCCCUCAAGAAAGCAGGUCUCGUCCCUUCACACGCAGUUCCCCACGAUGUCGUAGCACCCCACUCUGGCAUGCUGUCGCAAGCUUGGGACACCCUCUCUCCCGCUGAUCAGGCUUUUUCUGCCCGGACAAUGGAAACCUAUGCCGGUAUGGUUACCCGGAUGGACACGGCCGUCGGGCGUGUAGUCGACUACCUCCGCGAGACUGGCGAACUAGACAACACGGUUGUGUUAUUCAUGUCAGACAACGGCGCCGAAGGACUUCUUCUUGAAAGCGCACCGGUGGUCAAAGGAAACGUCUUUGACCAUAUAAAGAAGUACUGCGAUAAUAGCCUGGACAAUGUCGGCAAAGAGAAUAGCUAUGUAUGGUAUGGCCCACACUGGGCAUCUGCGGCGACAGCCCCAGGGUGGCUGUAUAGGGUGUUUACAGCGGAAGGUGGGAUUCGCGUGCCGCUUAUACUACGGUCUCCACCUCUUACCGGUGAGAAGAAAGAGGGCAUCGAACAUGUUUUUGCGACGGUGAUGGAUAUCGCGCCCACGAUACUUGAGUUAGCGGGCGUAGCGCAUCCGGGAAAAGGAGAGUGGAAGGGGAAGCAGAUUGAAGCAGUGAAAGGCAAGAGCUGGGUACCGUAUUUGACUCACAAAGACGGAGCCGGCGCGAUUCACGACGAAGAUACAGUGACUGGAUGGGAAUUGUUCGAUCGCAUGGCAGUAAGAAAGGGGAAAUGGAAGGCGGUAUUUAUCCCGAAGCCGUAUGGGCCGCAGCGGUGGCAACUGUUUGAUCUAGAGGCUGAUCCCGGGGAGACUAGAGAUUUGGCAGACGAGGGGGAUCAGCAGAGGGAGAAGUUGAAUGAGUUGCUGCAGCACUGGGAUGAGUAUGCCGAUGAGGUAGGAGUGGUUGGAGCGGUGCCGGAGUAUGGCGUCUUGCUUGUGGAUGGAGGCGGGAAAGAGUAGGUUCCUGAUACAUCAAUGAAAACGCCCCUUCGCAUAUCC